GAGUGAUUGGACGAUGUAAUAUUUGCAGAGAAUGAAUACGUAUAUACUUGCAAUUCUUAAACAAUUCUUAAACAGUGUGUGGUGUAUCAACCAUGUUGACGUUUGGUUUUGACAGAAUCAUACUGCUAAUAUUCUUACAGAUAACAGUCUUGCCACAACGAAUCUCUGAAGAAUAUGAACUGGCAUAUUUAGCUAAAAAUAAAGAUGACAAUGGAAACGAAAUUCGGAUACUUCAAGAAACCGACAAAUUUUUAAGCAUUUCUUGGAUUCCAUUUCUUCCUUCUAUUAUCAAAGAUUAUUCAUUUUUUUUCAAAAUCGUCCGCGACGAUGAACUGAAUACGAACCCGAAGUCGGUACAAAUUUCUUUCUCUUCACUCACAUGCGAACGAUCAGAAUAUAAUAUAACAGGGUAUGCACACCAUGGUUACGGAUUUUUCGAUUUCAGUAUACCAGUUCGUUAUUCAAGAGUUCCGAGGAUCAAGAACAUCCAACUUCAGUCAGAAGAUAUCAGAAAUGUGAUAUGGAAACAACAAUCCACCUUCUGUAGUGCAGAUGACGCUACAGUUAUCUUCAGUGGACAAGACGAUCGACCACUUGAAAUGAUCAUCGUACAGGGUGAUGAGAAGAAGUAUUCUCUGAGAAAUAAAGCCGAAAAUCGAUUGAUCUUCACUAUCUCACAUGGAAACAGAUUCUCCCUACCAAAGUUGGAAGUGAUGACCAGUGAAGCGGUUGGAGAAGAGACUUCCAGUUCGACA